AUGUCACUCUUUAGGCUUACUGUCGACAAGAGCGAAUAUGCUCCUGGAGAUGUUGUCAAUUUUGUCUGUUGGCUCAACAACAAAGAUCCACUACAAGCAAUCAAAUUGGUAGCCGACCUGUCCAUGUCAGAGCGAUUCCACAUUGCAGGUGCAGCACAAGGUCUAGCAAACCCAGAUAAUCUCGCUGAGCCACCUCCAGUGCAAUUCUUCAACUCGACCAUCAUACAAUCGAUUCCUCUCUGGCGCACUCAAAAUAAAAAAUUAGGCACCGAGUUCACUGCACAACCUCGUUCGUUUCGUGCGCAGUUUGUUGUUCCUAUUGACGCUGUUCCGUCCGUUGUAUUGACCGAUUUUUUUAAAGCCCAGAUCAAGUAUGUGAUCAAAGUGGAGCUGUUCUUGGCUGCUGGAAGAGGCAAGGCAUUGCCAGCAGAGAUUGCGUUUAAUGUAGUUAGAUCAAUGCCGUUGAUUAAUCCUCCGCUGGUCAUGCCAGGUCUUCCCAAGGAUUUUACGUCAUUUGAUGUAGAAGCUAGUCUGGGACUUGAGCAGAGCAUGUACUCUAUUGGACAGGAUAUUCAACUUCAAAUUCAGAUUUCAAAUGCAGACAAGCGCGGCAUUAAAGGCAUCAAAGUCACUCUGGAAGAAGUUCGUAAUGGUCAUUUUUUGGCAGAGCAUGGGAGAACCAAUAUAUUGGCAUCCGAGUCUAUUGACUGCAUGAUUGGCACACAACAAUCUAAAUCGUUCAAAGUACUGCUACAUCCCGGCAAUGUGACCAAGUUUAUUGCACCCUCGACAUUUUCUGGGUGUGUGCAAGUUGAACAUUUCAUCCGAAUCUAUAUCAUUCCCAACAAAAUCUUUACAUCGGGAAUCAUGUUUUCUGUUCCUAUAGAGAUUGUUGGUGCUCAACGAUUGUAAAAAUCCUACAAAAUAUAUAAUUUGAAAUUC